UUUAUAUAGCAAUCCCUUUUUAUAAAAUUGACGUAUUAAACUUUGCAAUCACUAAAUUCCAUUGACAAAUUUGGCGCGUAGAUCAUGGUUAGAUUAAGAUUGAGUCACGUUCGUUGCAAUAUUCAGUUGUUAGAAUUUGUGUCUACUUGCGUGCGUGGUUGGCCUGAAAUAAAUAUUUAAAAACUUUAUAGUUAAACUUGAAAAUGGCAGACCCAAGGUUAAAACAAAUAAAGAUAAAAAUGGGUGUAGUUAAAAGAUUAUCCAAGGAGAAAGGAAUGUAUGAGAAGGAAGCUGAACAAGAGAGAAAUAAAUUAGAGAAGAUGAAAGCUGAGGGUAAAGAUGAAUAUGAUAUUAGAAAACAGGAGGAAGUGUUACAAGAAUCACUGAUGAUGGCACCAGACUGUCGAAAGAGACUGAAUAUAGCUUACACAGAGCUGAAGUCUAUACUGGAAGCAGAAGCUGAACUUUCAGAGCAAGAAGAUUAUCAAACAGCUAAAAUUGUUCUUGAAGAUGCAGAAAAAGCUCUGAAUUAGAGAGAAAUAGUUUCUUUGGGGAAAUUUAGGAAAAAGUGCAUCAUUAAACAUGUUUUCUUAUAUCAGGAGUCAAACUAAAAAUUAAGCUUGAAAUAACCAUUUUAAUUUGAAUAAAGACAAUCAUAAUCAUUAUUCUCUGGAAAUCCAAAAUACUCUUUCACAGGUGUCAUCAACUUGAUUCUUCUAGAAAUAAAGUUUUUGGGCUCUCUAGUUUGAUUCAAUUUCCAAGAUUCUAAUAACCUGCAGAAAUAAGUCAGUUUAAUGAAAUAAUUUUUGUUUGAAUAAAUUAUGUUUCAUAAAAAUUGUAGAACCUCGAAAAAUGGGCACUGCAGCAUUAAGGGCAGUUCUUUUCAGUCUCUUUCUCUUUUUCUACUAUUUGUAACCAAAAUAAAUCCUUCAAUAAAGGGCACCUCGAUAUUCCGGAUUAA